AUGGACAUCACGAGUAAACAGGGUACAAAAUAUUCUGAAGAAUAUCAUGAGUGUUAUAGUCAUAAUGUUUUUAUAAAGUAUGUUUUACGUAAUUAUUCGGCAGACAAGAGCGAAGGUAGCAGCCUAGCAGCAUUAAAAAGUAUUCUUCAUCUUUUUGGUAUGCUAAUACAAGUGGUUGUUGAAGGAGGUCCAGAAUUUCUUGGUGAAUUUAAAUCUUACUUUAAUCAUUACGGUAUCAAUGUGGAUGUUAUACCUCCAAGAAUCAGCCAAGCGAAUGGACAAGCGGAGAGAGUUAUAUGUAUGUUAAAAAAUGCUUUGACUAUGAUUAAAAACUAUAAAACCGAAAAUUACAAAACUGCACUAGAAACUCUGCAACUUGCAUUUAAUUUCACUCGUUAUCGUGUACCAGGUGUAAUUCCACUGACUCUUGACACGUCGUCAGCACUGUGUUCCAGC